AUGCUUUCCGUCUACCUGGAUGUUAUGAAACAUAUUUUUACUGGCAAUGAGUCUUGGAUCUAUGGUUACGCCCCAGAACCAUACGAUAAAUCGGCCGAAUAUCCUGGCAAAGAUGAGCGGAAGCCGAAAAACCGCGUCACAAAAUUCUUCGCCAUCGCUACCUUCGCCGCUGUCUUGGCCUGCGCCUUUGCUGAUGUUUCUGAGUUGGGUUAUGCCUACAGCCAACCCGCUGCUAGCGCUCCAGUGAACGCCUACAUUCCACCUGCAGCUAGCGCUCCAGCUCCAGUCUUCUCUGCCCCAGCCCCAGCACCAGUCUACUCUGCCCCAGCUCCAGCUCCAGUCUACCAGCCAGCUGCCGCUGCUCCAGCACCAGUCUACUCUGCCCCAGCCCCAGCUCCAGUUUACCAGCCAGCUCCAUCUGCUCCAGUCUCAUCAUACAUCCCACCUGCACCAGCUGCUGCUGCCCCAGAACCAGUCUACUCUGCCCCAGCCCCAGCUCCAGUCUAUCAGCCAGCUGCCGCUGCUCCAGCUCCAGUCUACUCUGCCCCAGCCCCAGCUCCAGUCUACCAACCAGCUCCAUCUGCCCCUGUCUCAUCGUACAUCCCACCUGCACCAGCUGCCGCUGCCCCAGCACCAGUCUACUCUGCUCCAGCCCCAGCUCCAGUCUUUGCACCACCUGCUCCAGCGCCAGUAUAUCAGCCAGCGCCUGCGCCAUCCGCUCCCGUAUCUUCUUACAUCCCACCUGCACCAGCUGCCGCUGCACCAGAGCCAGUCUACCAGCCCGCUCCAGCUGCUCCUGCUCCAGUCUACCAACCCGCACCAGCUGCUCCAGCACCAGUCUAUCAGCCAGCUCCUGCGCCAUCCGCCCCCGCAUCUUCUUACAUCCCACCGGCACCUGCCGCCGCUGCACCGGAGCCAGUCUACCAGCCCGCGCCAGCUGCUCCUGCUCCAGUCUACCAACCAGCUCCUGCACCAUCGGCACCAGCUUCCUCGUACAUCCCACCCGCACCACAACCUGCUGCAUCUGAAGUUUACGAACAACCUGCUGAGGAUGGUUAUAGAUACCGUACCGUUCGUCGCCGUGUCUACAAACAGCGUCAUAUGGAUGAGGACACUUCAGCUCGGAGAGUAUUCGAUCGGGAAACAGAGGAAGAGGAAGAUCAGGUGAAGAAAGAAGAACGACUGGCACUCGGUUGUACACUCGGCGAUAGCCGCAAACUCUUUGCCGUCGCCGCCUUCAUCGCCACUUUGGCUUUUGCCAACGCUGAUGUUUCCCAUUUGGGCUAUGGUUAUGACCAACCCGCUGCUAGCGCACCAUCCAACCAAUACAUCCCACCUGCAGCCAGCGCUCCAGCUCCAGUCUACUCUGCCCCAGCUCCAUCCUACAGUGCCCCAGCUCCAGUUUACCAACCAGCUGCUGCUGCCCCAGAACCAGUCUACUCUGCCCCAGCACCAGCUCCAGUCUACCAACCUGCGCCAUCUGCUCCAGUCUCAUCUUACAUCCCACCUGCAGCUAGCGCUCCAGCACCAGUCUACAGUGCCCCAGCUCCAGUUUACCAACCAGCUGCUGCUGCCCCAGAACCAGUCUACUCAGCCCCAGCCCCAGCUCCAGUCUAUGCCCCACAACCCGCUGCAUCUGAAGUCUAUGAGCAACCUGCUCAAGAUGGUUAUAGAUACCGCACUGUGCGUCGUCGUGUCUUCAAGCACCGUCGUUUCUAA